AUAUGGCGGACAAAGUGGUGGAAAGUGAACCUUCAAACGCCAUGGAUAUAGAUGAAAUAAUUUCAGCAUCAAAGUCGAAAAAUGACGGCAAAUACAAAACUAUAGAAGUGAAUAAACUAGUUGAACCGCAAACAGACAUUGGCAAUCUUUUAGUUACAGACAUAAAUUUGAUCGAAACCAAGAACUUUAAACGAAACAAGGAUGAAAUCCUCAAGACACUUGCAAGAGACAAUACACAGUUUCUUUUUAAUGCAAUCUGGAAGUUGCCCAUUGAAAAAUCUGAGAAUGUUAUGGUUGUCAAGCUCCCAGAAGCAAGCACUGUGCUUCCACGUGAGAAACCGAUUCCCAAACCAAAACCUCUUACAAAAUGGCAAGAAUUUGCAAAACGAAAGGGAAUAAGGAAACAGAAAAGAGGAAGAAUGUUAUGGGAUGAAACCAGCCAGACCUGGAAACCACGUUGGGGUUUCAAACGAGCAAAGGAUGACACAAAAGAGUGGCUGAUUGAGGUGCCUGGAAAUGCAGAUCCAUAUGAAGACCAGUUUUUGAAACGCGAACAAGCCAAAAAAGAACGAGUGUCGAAGAAUGAAUAUCAACGUCUGCGAAACAUUGGUAGAUCUCAAAAGAUGACAGAAGGAACUAAACUGGCUCCCACACAGAAGCCCACUCGAAAUCAGGUCAAGGCAACGAUUAAUGCUGCCAGGAUUUCAACAGCAUCAAUGGGAAAAUUUACUCCAAAACUGCGCAAUGAAACUCUCCCAAAGAAGUCCGGAACUAAAAGAAAGUAUGAACCUAUCGUCGGAGAUUUGAAAGCAGAGAAACAGCGAAAUUUGGAUCUGUUGGGUAAAAUUGGCAACAAACAAACCUUAGAUGUUAAGAAGGCGACUAACCAACAUAUCAAUCAAGAGCAGACAAAAGCUUCAGACGAGAAGAAAAAAGGUGGAAAAAGACAGAAAACAAAGAGCGCGGGGAAAGGUAAAGGCGGUAAUGUAAAACAAGCCAAAAAACCAAGAGGGAAAAGGUAAAAUUCUGUUGGGAGAAUGUAGCAGAAAAAAACAGGAUAUUUCCGCAUCAAUGGAUCGAUCCAUCGUUUUCCAAGGAUGGAUUCAUCAUUUUAUUUUUGUUUACAUGAGAAUUGUGUGAAAUGCGAAUGCAAAGUUCAGUCAUUUUUCUGGCUUCAUAUGCUCCAUAGAAAGUGUAAUUUCUAGAAAAUUAAAAGGGUUUUUGAAGGCGAUUUACGGAUGGGGGAAACUUGCGUGUUGUGUGUUUUGCAUGUACCUCAUUGAGAUUUUUGUUUUUAAAAAUAUUAUUAAAUAUUUCAUUAGUACGGUAGGAACUAGAUGCAGGUGAUUAUUGUUGCAAAGAUUUAUAGAUAUAACAUUCAAAAUCAAAAAAUUGCCACAACUUAGUGUCAAGUCUUCACAUCGCGUUUUCAAUAUUUGUAAUACGGAGUAAAAUAAACGAAUGUUUAUACUGUUUUGUUUUGAAAUUGAAAAGAUCGCAAGAUGGCAAAACAAUUCAUUUAACU